CACCGAACUUUCAUUUUACUCCAUCUCUGUUUCCUUCUCUCAACCAAUCUCUCUCUCUCUCUCUCUUUCUCUCUUUCUUGAUUCUUCAAGAUCUUUCAGAGUUGUUAACUCUUUCAUUCUCCAUUAGAGGAUGAGCUUGUUCAUAUAGUUAAGUCAAAUGGAUCUAUCAAGCCGUCACAACCUCCUCCGGGAUCUAAGCUUUUCACCGCCGCCACCACCACCGCCACCUAUAUUUCACCGUGCGAGUUCGACAGGGACAAGUUUCCCGAUCUUAGCCGUUGCGGUGAUCGGAAUCUUGGCCACAGCAUUCUUACUUGUAAGCUAUUAUGUUUUCGUUAUCAAAUGUUGUCUGAAUUGGCACAGAAUCGACAUUCUUCGACGGUUCUCUUUGUCUCGACGGCGACACAACAACCAAGAUCCUUUGAUGGUUUACUCUCCGGAGUUGAGAAACCGCGGUCUUGAUGAAUCUGUCAUUAGAGCAAUCCCAAUCUUUAAAUUCAAGAAGAGAGAUGACCAAAACGACGGCGUUUUUAGAGGGGAAGAAGAAGAGAAGAGUUGUCAAGAAUGCUCUGUUUGUUUGAAUGAGUUUCAAGAUGAGGAGAAGUUGAGGAUUAUACCAAAUUGUUCUCAUUUGUUUCAUAUCGAUUGUAUCGAUGUUUGGCUUCAGAACUAUGCCAAUUGCCCUUUGUGUAGAGCUAGGGUUUCUUCUGACACAAGUUUCCCACCCGAUCGGGUUUCUGCGCCGAGCACUUCUCCCGAGAACCCGAUCGUCUUAAGAGGUGGUGAGAACGAGUAUGUGAUCAUUGAGAUGGGAAAUAGCAUUGCUAGUAACAGAGAUAGUCCAAGAAACAGAAGGUUACUUAUGGAACAAGAAAGGUCAAACUCAGGUCACCUACUGACCGAAGAAGCACAAAAUCAGAUCAGUCCAUCUCCGAAGAAGCUUGACCGCGGAGGGCUUCCGAGAAAAUUCCGAAAGCUUCAGAAGAUGACAAGUAUGGGAGACGAGUGUAUCGACACAAGAAGAGGAAUAGAUGAUCAGUUUGGUAGUAUUCAGCCCAUUAGAAGAUCAAUGUCAAUGGAUUCAUCAGCCGAUCGACAACUUUACCUGUCGGUUCAAGAGGCGAUUCGGAAGAACCGGGAAGUUCCGGUGGCCGGAGACGGAGGAGGAUGUAGCAGUAGUAGCAAUGUUAGUAACAACAAAGUGAAGAGAUCUUUCUUCUCGUUUGGGAGCAGUAGGCGUUCUAGAAGUUCGUCUAUAUUGCCUCUUUAUUUUGAACCGUAAUGGACGGCUUUGCUUAUUUGUUUUUAUUUUCUUUGUUUCUUUCUACAUUUGUUUUUUUAUUAUUUUAUAUUUUCAGUAUUUUUGAGAUUAGAGAUUUUUUAUUAUUUGGUCGGUGAGGUAGGCAAGACAUAUAGGUGUGUCUAGAUUUAGAAGUCAAAAAAGGUUUGAGUUGUAUGUAUGACAGAACAGAAAUUAUUGGACUUUAUAAGUUUGAAAAAACUCACAAAACUUUAUUUUGAA